AGUGUUUGAUGGGUGUUUUUCUGAGGGAUGUCAUUCAUCAUAAAAUAUAUGCAUGCAUGCAUAUAUGGGCCAAUUGGUUACUGCCAAAGAUGGGGAGGCUGUGCUAUACUGUGGGUUUAUCUUAUUUGUUUGUACACCUUUGUAUUCUUUCAUGGCUAUGGGUUGUAAUAAAAAGUGCAGUACUCAUGAGAGGAGGGAUUUGGAGGGUUUUGUUUUCUUGAGUGGAGAUAUGGAGAGUGAUGGGAGUAGUGAUGAGAAUGGGGAGAGGGUUAGUGGUGGAGGAGGGAGAUUAGAAGAAGAAGAAGAAGAAAGGAAGAUGCUGAAGAGGAGAAUCUCUUGCCAUCCUCUUUAUGGGUUUUUGGUUGAGGCUCACUUGGACUGCUUGAAGGUGGGUUUAGGCAGCAAUGAUGGAAAACCUGGAAAAAGUCAUAAGAGUGAUGAGAAAAAGAGACAUAAUCAACCCAGUUUGAGCAUGUAUAGUCAGUCAGAGCUAGACCACUUCAUGGAAGCAUAUUGCACAACACUGACCAAACUGAAAGAAGCAAUGGAAGAACCUCAACAAGAAACCUUGGCUUUCAUUAAUAGCAUGCAAUCACAACUUGAGGAACUCUCUGGGAGCCAACAUGAACCACCCCAACCUCCCACCAUUUCUUCUGGAGAAAGAACUGAAUGAGGAUGGAAUUGGUGGAGUCAUUCAGGUAAGUGUAUCCUGUAAGCAGUAGUAGACAUAGCCACAGGGCAUAGGAACAUAAAAUUUGGUGUACUUUUAUGACUCCUUCCCUGUAAACUUCUUAUUUUCGGUUUCUUUUUGGUACCUGUAUGUUUGAUGUUAUGGGAGAUACUAGGAGCUUAGCUUCGCCCAUUGCAAUGGAAAAGGACCAGUACAGGGAUGACUAGGUUUCUUAGUCUGACGAAAUAAGUUUUGAGCUA